GGGAGAAGGAGGUGAACUCUGCAUUGUCUUCCAUAUAUUUUGAAUCUCAGAGAAAAGCAUUGGAAGUGUCAUUCUAGGACCAUUUCCAAUGGCUGCUAUCUAAUGACAGAACCACUUCAAGACUAUAAAAUACAAGUCUCCCAGCCCUGACCUGGCUGAUACAGAUCAGAUGGUGACUGGAUAGAAACUGCCCCAGUCCUGGGUCCAUGAUGUACGAACCACUUGAGUUUUCAGAAGCUGAUUACCCACAAGUUGAAUAUCAAAGAAGAGAGCAAUUCUGGGACCCUAUUCGGCUAGCUAUCUUCACAUUGGUAAUUGCAGCAAUCAUAGGAAUUGCAAUUGGUAUUGUUACUCAUUUUGUAGUUGAGGAUGAUAAGUCAUUUUAUUACCUUGCCUCCUUUCAAGUCACAAAUAUAAAAUACAAUGAAAAUUAUGGAAUGAGAACCUCAAAAGAAUUUACACAAAGGAGUCUUCAGAUUGAGAGGAUGAUGUCUAGGAUAUUUCAACGUUCUUCUGGACCACUUCGGUUUAUCAAAUCUCAUGUUAUCAAAAUAAGUCCAGAUGCAAAUGGUGUGACCAUUCUUACGGUGCUCAUGUUUCGAUACCCAUCUACUGGUAAUGCUGAGCGAAUCAAGACAAAAAUUGAGAAUAUUUUAUAUCAAAGUCUGAAGACAAAACAAUUGCCUUUUACUAUAAACAAAUCAUCAUUUACACUCACAUCUAUCGACAACAAAAAGAUGAGGAAUCUUCUUAACAACCGCUGUGGAAUAAGGAUGACACCCUCAAACAUGCCACUACCAGCAUUCACUUCUACAGAAAGGAUUAUCCAAGGAAGGGAAACAUCUGUGGAAGGGGAGUGGCCAUGGCAGGCCAGCCUCCAGCUCAAAGGGGCUGGCCAUCAGUGCGGAGCCAGCCUCAUCAGUAACACAUGGCUGCUCACAGCUGCUCACUGCUUCCGCAGAAAUAAAGACCCAAGUCAAUGGAUUGUUACUUUUGGUACAACUAUAACAUCACCCAUAGUGCGACGAAGUGUGGGGAGAAUCAUCCUUCAUGAAAAUUACCGUAGAGAAACAAAUGAAAAUGACAUUGCUUUGGCUCAGCUCACUACCCGAGUUGAGUUUUCAAAUGUAGUCCAGAGAGUUUGCCUCCCAGAUUCAUCUAUAAAAUUGCCACCUAAAACAAGUGUAUUUGUCACAGGAUUUGGAUCUAUUGUAGAUGAUGGACCUACACAAAAUAACCUUCGGCAAGCCAGGGUGGAAACCAUAAGCACUGAUGUGUGUAACAGAAAGGAUGUGUAUGAUGGCCUGAUAACUUCAGGGAUGUUAUGUGCUGGAUUCAUGGAAGGAAAAGUAGACGCAUGUAAGGGUGAUUCUGGUGGACCUCUGGUUUAUGAUAAUCGUGACAUCUGGUACAUUGUUGGUAUAGUAAGUUGGGGACAAUCUUGUGCUCUUCCCAAAAAACCUGGGGUCUACACAAAAGUGAGUCAGUAUCGGGGCUGGAUUGCCUCAAAGACUGGUAUCUAGUAUGAACUGUCCAUGAAUUAUAUCCGUGGCACAAAGAGCUAAAACUCCUGCAUAUUGUGUAUUAUUUAUAUUCAUGUGGUUUGGAUCGGUGCUUUUGCUGAAUGUCAAGAAGUCCUUCAGACUCAGACCAAUUUAAUGUUAUAAGGUGGACUUUGUGACUGAACUCUCUUUUCACCCUGAGGGAAGAGGACACAGCAAAUGACAAGUAGCACUAACUCCUUACUCACAAAGGAAACUGUGAUACUUAUUAAUGAGAUGAAUAUUUAUAAAUGGUUUCCCCCAAUGGAAAAUGGGAAACAACAUUUUCUACAGGAUAUGAAGAGCUGACAGAGCUGCCAAAAUCUUACCUCAUAUAACACCUGGAACAUUUUGGAUUCUUCUAGCAAAAAAUCAAACAAUAGUCUGCCCUGAGGAGUCACGGCUUCAGCGUUCUAGCACUGAUGACUGUAUACUCAGUGGUUAGAAAGGAGAGACAUAGGAUUUGCAAUAAAACUUGAACUCUAACCUGGGUUUAUAAAUAAUAACACAGAGCAUUAUCAUUCACCACAAGAGUUGCCAUUUAAAAGAUGUUUAAAUGUAUUUGAACUUGCUGUUAACAUUGUUUUAAACACAAGCUCUAGCUUCAGGAUGCGUGUUGUAUUGUUAAUAAGCAUUCUGAUUUAUUCUUUAACAGAAUCAUCACUUGGAGUUAGGCCAGAAAGGAGAAUAAAAAAGAUUCUUGUGAGCAUUUUUCCAUGGGUACAAAGAGGAUAAAAAUAAUUCAUGGGACCUAGGCAUGCAGAGUUUGUUUCAAAUGAUUAAUAACAAAACAAACAUUCUACUUGUUUGUGGAAUGAGCUAUCCAACUAUUUAUUUAGAAAUAUCUAUAUCAAUAUAUAGUAACUAGUGCUCUUGUAAGACUUCAACUCUCUGACAGGUCAAAUGUCUAUCAGAAUGUCAGGUUAGAAGAGCUGAUACGUGUAAAGCACUUAGGACAGUGCCUGGCAUAUAUCAUGCACUAUAUAAAUGUUUGCUAUAAUGAAAAGGAAUGUCUGUGUGAGUUUUAAGAUAAAUUAGCUUAAUUUGUCAAAUUAGUGGAUGACUUUGGGGCUUAAAUCAGCCCAAAAUCUAGUGGUGGAAAGCACAAGCUUUGGAAUCAGGCUGUCUGAGCUUGAAUGAUGGUGCUGCCACAUAUGAGCUAUUUGGCCUUGAGUGGGUUUCUUAACAUCACUGUGCAUUAGCUCUUUUAUCUCUACAGUGUGAAUCAAAAUGGUACCCACCUCAUAUGGUUGUUAUGAGGAUUAAAUGCAUUAAUACAGGUAAAGCCCUUGGAACAGUUUCUGCACACCGUCAGUAUGGACAAGCUACUAUUUAUUAGUAGUGUGCUUUGGAGUCAAUAAAACAAUAUGCUUUUUAAAAACUGUUCCUUGUUUCUUUAUAGUCACGUAAUUGAUUUCAGAAUACUUUAAAUUACACUAUACACUAUAAAAAAUUUAAAUUACACUAUAAAAAAGUUAGGUGAACCACUAGAUUUUCAAAAUCACUUUUUAUGUCUCAUUAAUACAUUUUGAACUAUGUCUGCUUAUAGACACACAGGACGCAUGGCCAUGUGGCCUCAGGGUUUUGACUACAGAGAUGCGGCUGCGUUCAUCUCCAGGCCUCCAAUGUGAGACCUCAAGUGCUAGAUUCGUUGCUCUGAUUUAUCAGAGAAAAAUUUAACCUGUUUCUUUACUGACUGAAACUUUUGUUACUUUAUGUGUAUGUGUUUAUAUGUAAUAUAUGUAAACAAGAUAAGUAUAACUAAAAAAGCUUCUAGUUGUUAUUUAUAGCUCAAUAUUAAGAUAUAAACAGAAAAGUUUCAUCCAUACAUACUUUCCUUUUAAACAGAAAAUGUCACCAAAUUUCUGAGUUGAUGACUACUAACUAAAUAUCAACAGAAAAAGCAGAGUGAAAAACUAAAUCUUUACACUUCUUUUUACAUGCAUAGAA